UCUUCAUCUUGUUUUUGUUUUGGUUUUCAAUCUUUAAUCUUUGAACGUGAUGAUGAGUUUAAUCCAGUUGACUUCUGUCCUCUACUAACUAUCCACCCCAAAUUACCUAUUUAUUCUCCUUUAGUUUAGAUUUUGUGGAAUCUGUUCGAAUAAUUGAUUUACCUUGAGCAUGGGGCAAAAGCAUUUAGUGGUGGCCUUCUGUUUAUGGGCUUUAACAUGUUCCUCUCUUCCAUCUUUCUCCUACGGAAUUCUGAAAAUUGGUUUGAGGAAGAGACCUCUAGAUCUUAAUAGUAUUCAUGCUGCUAGAAAGGCAAGAGAAGGUUUAAGAUAUGGAAGGCCAAUUAUGGGUGAACAUGAUCAGUUUAUCGGUAAGGCAAAGGGUGAAGAUAGUGUUCCUUUGAAAAAUUAUUUGGAUGCUCAGUAUUUUGGUGAGAUUGGAAUUGGCACACCCCCUCAGACCUUCACUGUUGUGUUUGAUACUGGUAGUUCCAACCUUUGGGUUCCAUCAUCAAAAUGCUACUUUUCUCUUGCUUGUUAUACCCAUAAUUGGUAUAAGCCAAAGAAAUCCAGAACAUAUGUCAAAAAUGGAACAUCAUGUAAAAUAAACUAUGGAUCUGGGUCAAUAUCUGGUUACUUCAGUCAAGAUAGUGUUAAAGUUGGCAACGCUGUUGUCAAGCAGCUGGAUUUCAUUGAAGCUACCCGAGAAGGAAGUCUUUCCUUUCUGUCAGCAAAGUUCGAUGGAAUACUGGGACUUGGAUUUCAGGAGAUCUCAGUUGCAAAUUCUGUUCCAUUAUGGUACAAAAUGGUGGACCAAAAUCUUAUCAGUGAGAAGGUGUUUUCCUUUUGGUUGAAUGGGGAUCCAAAUGCGAAAAAAGGCGGUGAAAUAGUUUUCGGUGGUGUUAACCCAAAGCACUUUAAAGGAGACCACACUUAUGUUCCAGUUACUGAAAAAGGUUACUGGCAGAUUGAAAUUGGAGAUUUUUUCAUUGGAGGUGCUUCUACAGGUGUUUGUGAGGGUGGCUGUGCUGCUAUUGUGGAUUCAGGAACAUCUUUGCUGGCUGGUCCAACUCCUGUUGUAGCUGAAAUCAACCAUGCUAUUGGAGCUGAAGGAGUUCUCAGUGUAGAAUGUAAGGAAGUCGUUUCUCAAUAUGGAGAGAUGAUAUGGGAUCUCUUGGUAUCAGGGGUGAAACCUGAUGACAUAUGUUCCCAAGUUGGUUUAUGUUCCGCCAAAAGGAUUCAAUCUAAGAGCCCUGGGAUUGAAAUGGUAACUGAAAAGGAACAGAGUGAGUUGACAGCAAGAGAUACUCCCUUAUGUUCAUCUUGUCAGAUGCUUGUUCUUUGGAUCCAGAAUCAACUAAAACAAAAACAAACAAAGGACAGAGUAUUCAACUAUGUGAAUCAACUGUGUGAGAGCUUGCCAAGUCCCUCUGGAGAGUCAGUGAUAAGCUGUAACAGUCUUUCCAAGAUGCCAAACAUUACAUUCACAAUUGGAGAUAAACCUUUUGUCCUUACACCAGAGCAGUAUAUUUUGAGAACUGGAGAAGGCAUUACAGAAGUAUGCCUUAGUGGGUUUAUGGCUUUUGAUGUUCCUCCUCCACGGGGUCCAUUGUGGAUUCUUGGGGAUGUUUUCAUGAGGGCAUAUCACACCAUCUUUGACUAUGGAAAUCUCCGAGUUGGGUUUGCUGAAGCUGUGUGAUCAGUAAUUAUGGUUCUGAAAGAUAUGUUUGCAAUCAUUUCAGUAGCUUUUCGUGUAAUGUAAAUAAGUUGUUGUAACAUCGCUAGCUGUUGAUGGAAUCACGGACGCAUUUUAUCGUUUUAAGACUUAGGAAUAAAUUUACAGUUGGAAGUAUUGGGUCGAAUUAUGUGCUCUCUGUUCCUUUCAAAUUAGGAAUACUUGUAAUGUGCCAUACUCAUGCCAAACUUAAUCACGCUUUCCUACAACCA